AUAUAAUUAAAAGUUCAUCCUUUUAAUAACAAAAAGGUGACCCAAGUGACAUGAUCGCAGCAGGGAUUGUUGAAGGGUGUUGUUCACAGACAAAAGCUUGUUGGCUGACAGUCACACUGUUGGUCUCUUUAAGACUGUGGCUAUCUCUCUGCAAUUGCUGGUAUCAAAAUCACCAUGUCUCUGUUUCACCCCCAUGCUCUUAGCCUUAGGUGCUCCACAUCUUCCAUUUCAGUUUCCAUGGACUGUGGAGCAAAGUUAACAACAAACACCCACACUAAUGGUUUGAACUUUGAGGGUACUAAAGAAAGGAUUAAGAAGAUGUUUGAUCACAUUGAGCUUUCUAUUUCUUCUUAUGACACUGCUUGGGUUGCAAUGGUCCCAUCUCCAAAUUCCCCUGGAAACCCCUGUUUUCCUGGGUGCUUACAAUGGUUAUUGGAGAAUCAACUUUCUGAUGGUUCUUGGGGUCCUCCUCAUCGUGAUCCCUUGUUAACUAAAGACAGCCUUUCCUCCACACUUGCAUGUGUCCUUGCACUGAGACGAUGGGGUGUUGGCGUAGAACAAAUGACCAAGGGCCUCCAGUUUAUUGAGUCACAUUUUGGUUCAAUUUCUGAUGAGAACCAACAUACACCUGUUGGAUUUGAUAUCGUAUUUUCUGGUAUGAUCGAAUAUGCUAAGGAUUUGAAUUUGAACCUCCUUUUGAGAUCAACAGAUGUAGAUGCUGUGUUUCAUAAAAGAGAUUUAGAGCUCAGAAGUUGCCACAAAGAAAGCUCAAAGGGCAUGAAAGCGUACUUAGCAUAUGUUUCAGAAGGAAUUGGCAAACAUCAAGACUGGGGAAUGGUCAUGAAGCAUCAGCUAAAGAAUGGAUCAUUGUUCAAUUCACCAUCCACAACAGCAGCUGCUCUUGCUCAUACUCAGAAUGCUGGUUGUCUUUAUUAUCUCAAUGCACUCUUAGAGAAGUUUGGGAAUGCAGUUCCCACACUUUAUCCUUUCCAUCUGUAUCCUCGUCUUUCUAUGGUGGAGACUAUUGAAAGUCUGGGAAUUGGUGAGCAUUUCAGGAAAGAAAUUGCAAGUGUAUUGGAUGAAACAUACCGAUGCUGGCUGCAGGGAGAGGAGGAGAUAUUCUUGGAUCCAGCCACUUGUGCACUGGCAUUUCGGAUACUACGAGUCAAUGGUUAUGAUAUUAACUCAGAACCAUUAACUGGAUUUGCUGAAGAACAUUUCUUUAAUUCGCUUGGAGGAUAUUUAAAGGAUUUGGGUGCUGCCGUAGAGUUAUUGAGGGCUUCACAGAUGAUGAUACAUCCAGAUGAACAAGUUCUGGAGCAACAAAACUCAUGGACAAGUCAUUUCUUGAAACAGGAAUUAUCCAACAGUUCUAUGUCUGCAGAUAAACUUAGAAAAUAUACCAUACAAAAGGUGAAUGAUGCUCUUGAAUUUCCCCACUAUGCAAGUUUGGAGCGCUUAGUACACCGGAGAAACAUAGAGAAUUAUGCUGUAGAUAAUAUAAGGAUGCUUAAAACUUCAUAUUGUUCUUCGAGUAUUGGCGACAAAGAUCUCCUAAGACUAGCAGUGGAGGACUUCAAUGCCUGUCAAUCAAUAUAUCGUGAAGAACUCAAACAACUUGAGAGGUGGGUUCAAGAAAAUAGAUUGGACAAGCUGAAGUUUGCCAGGCAGAAACUGGCUUACUGUUACUUCUCGGCAGCUGCAACCAUAUUCUCUCCCGAACUAUCUGACGCUCGCAUAUCAUGGGCAAAAAAUGGUGUGCUUACUACCGUGGUGGAUGACUUCUUUGAUGUUGGAGGUUCUGAAGAUGAACUGUUAAACCUAAUCCAAUUGGUUGAGAAGCAUGAUGUAGAUGUCAGCAUCCAGUGUUGUUCUGAGCAAGUUGAAAUCCUAUUUUUAGCACUUCGCAGCACAAUAUCUGAGAUUGGGGAGAAAGCAAUUGCAUGGCAAGGACGCAAUGUGAAGACUCAUGUUACUGAGAUUUGGCUGGAUUUGCUUAGGUCUAUGUUGCAGGAAGCCCAGUGGUUGAAGAACAAGUCAGUGCCAACUGUGGAUGAAUACAUGACAAAUGGUUAUGUAUCAUUUGCCUUGGGACCAAUAAUCCUCCCAGCCCUGUAUUUGGUUGGGGCUAGCCUUUCGGAGGGUGUUAUUAAAAGCCCUGAAUACAAUCUUCUAUUCAAGCUUGUAAGCACUUGUGGGCGUCUUCUCAAUGAUAUUCACUCCUUUAAGAGGGAAUCUAUGGAAGGAAAACUGAAUGCUGUGUCUUUGCACAUGAUUCAUGGUACCAGUGCUGUUACUGAAGAUAUAAAUAAAGAAAUGAAGCAUUUAGUGCAUGACAGGAGGAGGGAACUGCUUAGAUUAGUGUUGCAGGAAAAUGGCAGCAUCAUUCCAAGAGCUUGCAAGGAAUUGUUUUGGAAAAUGAGCAAAGUCUUGCAUCUAUUUUACUUGAAGGAUGAUGGUUUUAGCUCACAUGAAAUGAUCGAUGUUGUAAAAGCAGUAAUACAUGAGCCCAUCUAUCUCGAUGUACAAUAACGACAGAGUAGAGAGGGUAUUGCUAUAUCAGAUGCAGAGAAUUGUUUGCACAGAUAUGGUAAAUAUUCUUAUUCUUGCUUGCCUUUCCAUGCAAAAUAGACAGCAAAAUUAGUAGUUUUGAACUAUUAAGAACAGGAUAGAAGAUGUCAGAAGAUUUGCCUUUGAUAUAUACAUCUGCUGUGUGCUCCGAGAAGUUGGGUUAUCUGUUGUGAUUGCCAACUAAAAUGAAACUAUGUUAAUGUAUUUGGUUAGUCUACAAUGUUCCUGGGGUAAGCUGUCUAAUAGUGAAACUCAGCACAUAUAUCAUAAGGUCAGACUUGUUUGAUUUAAAA